AUGAAAGAAAAAGAUUUAUCGUCUGACGCCUACCUGGAUCCUAAUUUUGACUAUAAAAAACUGACAAAAACGGAACUGAAAAAGAUUUUGUUUGAAAAUAAUGUCAAUGUUCGAUCUAAUGCCCUAAAGCAAGAACUUCUAAAUUAUUAUAAAUUAUAUAUUUACGAUAAACUUGAAGAUCUUAAAGAGAAAAAAAUGAAGGAAAUAAAAAAAAUGAGUAAUAUUUACCAAAGUGGAAGUUCUAUUGUAGAUAUAAAUUUUAAUGAUCAGUCUACUACAGAAAAAGUGGUUAGAAGGAAUAGUUUAUCGGGUCGAAGUAUUACUGGUAAAAAUAGUUAUAUAGAGGAAAAUGAACCCAUUUCGUUAAAUGAAAAGUUAGAACGAAUAAAAAAUACACCUUCUAGGAACAAUUCAUUUAUUAAUAAAGAACAAACAGAAAAAAAGGAAAAUGAAGAAACUAUAAGAUCUGAACAACCUUUUUUUAGUAAUGUGGAUAAAAAAUAUUCACCAUUAAAAUCGAGUGGUGUCAAAUCUGCAAAAAAUGAAAAAAAAUCUGAUGAAAUUUCUCCUGAUACUAAAAAAAUUGUAGAAAAAUCUUCUGAUACUAAAAAAAUUGUAGAAAAGUCUCCUGGUACUAAAAAAAUUGUAGAAGAGUCUCUUGAUACAAAAAAAAUUGUAGAAAAGUCUCCUGAUAUAAAAAAAUUCGUAGAAAAGUCUCCUGAUACUAAAAAAAUUUUAGAAGAGUCUACUCCAAAAAAUAUAAAUUAUUCUUCCGAAAAUGCAUCAUUUCGACAAGUAAUAUCAUCUAGCCGUAAUAAUAUUUCUAAAGCAGAUAAUAUUUCUAAAAUCAAUUUAGAAAAGGAUAAAAUAAAGACCAAUUUGCCUUCAAAAAGUAAAAAUGAAAAAACCAUUAACGACAUAACAAAGAAUUUAUCUUUUAGCAGAGCCAUAAAUAAAGAUACAUCUUUUGUUUCAAAUAAAGAACAGUUAAAAAAGCUCAUUGAGGAAGAUAUGAAAAAACAUCCAGAAAGAAAAUUGUCUGAUAGUAGUUCAUUUGUAAACUCUUCAUUUACAAAUUAUACAGGAACAUCAUUUCCCAGUGAAGUUUCACUAACAGUCCCUGAUAUAAAAAAGUCAAAGUACAAAAGAAUCUUAAUUUUUUUAUGUGCCUUGAUUUUGGCUUUAUUUUUACUUGCAAAAAAUCUUCCUUAUGAAGACGGAAAAUGUUUUUUUUGUGUUAGGGUUCCAGAACACGGAAAUAUUGUUAAUAAGAAGUUGGUCUGUGAUAAAGGUUAUGUUGUUAAAUGGUCGAUUUUCGGUAUUUAUUGUGCAAAAGACAAUUAUAAAAAAAGAUUAUUUUUGGAAAUUUUAAAUUUACUAGCUUUUAGAAAAGGAGAUUACAUUUACGGAAGAGUUAAAAAUCCUUCAAUUAAUAUUAAAGAUCUUACAGAAAAUGAAUCAAUAAUUAGAGAAAUAAAAAAUCACCCUUUACUGAUAUGUGAGGGAGACCAGGUCUCAUCUAAAAAUUACAAAGUCUCUGUACGAACAUUCUUACAUUUCUAUGCUAAAAGAACUAUUUCAAUCUGUUUACCAAUCACUUUAUGUUUGUGUUUAAUUAAAUAUCUUUUAUAUAAACGAAGAAAAAGACGGGAGGUAGAACUAUUAUCUAAGAAAGUUACAAAAGAUGUUUUAAAUGUACUUUUAAGGCAAUUAAUUAUUUCAACAAGUAAUACAAGAUUUCCUGAAUAUGUUUUUAUAGACCAGCUAAAGGAUGUAUUUGGUGAAGAUUCUGCAGUUUGGCAAAAUGUUAUAAAAAAUGUAUCAAAAAAUGCAAAUGUAUCAACAUUAAAAAUGAAAGAUAAAGAUGCAUGGCAAUGGAUUGGUCCGAUUGUAAGAAGAAAAGAAAGCAUUGAAGCCAUGAAAUUGUAG